UGAUAGUGCAUGACACCAUGUCCGAAGUCCCGAACAAAGUGGCUGUCACUCAACCGUCAAAUGACUUGGAUGCAUUCUGCAUCAUCCUAAAAUCCAGCAAAUGCCCCGGUAUUCUCACCGGAGCCGGCCUGAGCGCGGCGUCUGGGAUCACCACCUACCGUGGAACAAACGGGCAGUGGCUCACAACUAAUCCCAUGGAAGUCGCCUCUCUCCAAGCUUUCCAAGACAAUCCCGGCCGUGUCUGGGCUUAUUAUCACCCCAAACGCGAUCAGUGCAUGGAGGCUAAGCCGAACGCUGCACAUUACGCGCUGGCAUCGCUGUCUCUCCCGUCCAUCCGCGCUCAAAUCUUCCCCAAUCUCGUACAGAAAGACAAGCCGCCACUAUACGUUACGCAGAACUUCGACGGGCUAUGUCGGCGAGCACUCGACGAGACGCUGGACAAAGCCUCCUCCCCCGAGGAUCAACUCGAUGCUGACGAGCGCAACGAGGUGCAUGCACGUCUCGUCGAGAUGCACGGGUCGUGCUAUCGCUUUACGUGUACGCAGUGCAAGUGCGUGAAGACGACCGCGGAGACGCCUUUGGCACCCAUCUUCAACGAUCAGGCUGUGAUCGAAAGGGCAAAGAAUGGCGAGGAGCUCAUCGCCGUGGAGCAACUUCCACGAUGCGGGGGGCCGGAAUGGUCGGGGUCGAACAGGUACGGGCGUUGUGGCGGGCUGCUUCGCCCCGGUAUUGUGUGGUUCGGGGAGAUACCCGAGGGCCAGGGCGAGAUUACGCGCAUUCUCACGAAAGUGGACGUGCUCCUUGUUGUCGGGACAAGCUCUCUUGUCCACCCCGCAGCGACAUACGCCACGACCGUCAAAAAGAACGGCGGCACGGUCGCCGUGUUCAACUUGGCGCCUUCGCAAGGCGAUGACAAAGCGGAUUUCGUCUUCUACGGUCCCUGUGAAGAGACGGUCCCGGCAUUAUUGGAGCGUGCCAGACAAACGGUUGUUGGCACGGAAUGAUUGUGUCGUAUAUGUAUGUCGGGUUUGCUGGCUAUAUGCGUCAUCUACAGCUCAUCAGUAACAUAUCAGCUCAAGCACUAUAGAUAUGAAUAGAAACCUUGUCAAUUGCUGUCCUAGUGUAAGACCCACUCCUCGUCCUGGUCUUACUCGGCACACUUCACAUAUUACGUACGCAUACACUUAUAUAGCCGACGACCUAUACCGUGCUCUUUAGCUCUGCUCACCACGGUAUAGGUACGUAUUCCCAUAAACAUGUAUCUUAGCUCUGCUCACC